AUGGGCAAGCCCAAAAAGCACACAGAUGCUGGCGCUUCGGACAAGAAGCGCAAGGCCCAGGAUGAGCCCGAGGUAGACCACCCCCUUCUCAAUGUUCGAAUGGCCACCUGCACGACAUGCAACCAGAACACGCACGGCUACGAGAAGCACGCGCCAGAGGGCGUCAAGCAGCCACUGUGGUGGCCAAAAGGUGAAAAAUGCGCAAAGACAGGUCUACUGACUCCCAUGGGACAUGAGUGCGGCAAUUGCUUGUACACCAGGAAGAGGUACUACCCGACGGGCACCACCCAGGCCACCGUGAACGGUAUGAUCGAGGCUGGCGGCGAGGCGUCCGAGCGUCAUGAGCGGCUUCGCCAGGACAAGGCCUCAGGAGAGUGCAAGUACGUGAAGACCGAGGCCGCCAACACCAAAGUGAAGACCGUUAUCCAGAGUGAGCAGUUCAGCGAGGGGUUCGAGGAGGGCCACGCCAUCGAGCUCAAAUCCUUUGCGAGAGAACGAAACCUCUCCUUCCCUACUGAGCAGAUGCUGGUCGAUUACAUCACGGGUUCCUUGGGGAUGGAGGUAGAGAUGGGCAAGAAGGGCGUGCUUGUUGUCAACGUCCCCGACAUGCCGCAUGGGGCCCAGUACAAGUGCAGGAAGGGCGUCAAGGACUCGGCGAAGAAGAUCGUGGAGGAGAAGCACGACGACGAGGAGUCGGCACAGGUCUUGUGGAACAGGAAGUUCAAGUCCAGAGAUUACGAGAACGCGCUCGCGAAGCUGGCGGCCAGGGCGACAAAGGUGGCAGCGAUCGCUGACGAUGUUGAGGCGGCGGAGACAGCAGAGAAGCUAUUCAAGUUGAGUGUGGAACUUACUACUCAGAAGAAAGCAAUCGACGCUUUCAGGCAGAAUCCGCAAGACUACGUGGAGAAGCUGGACUCAUUACCAUGCGACUUCAUCGACAUCUUCGGCAAGUGUUCUGAGACCGUUCGGGUCAACAUGCUAUCGGCGACUUCGUUCACUCUUUUGGGCCUUGGUGGUGAUGGUUGCGAGGUGAUGGCCUUGAAGGUGGCGAAGCUCAUGGAGGUCAAGGGCAUGUUCUCCGUGGGUGCCCUGAAGGCCAGCGGCUGCGACGAUCGCUUUGUGUCGAGCUGCCAACAGAAUCUCGUUCAGGGCUUCAUCGAUAAGGUGGUCAAGAAGAGGCGCGAGGACUUCGUCAAGAUCAUGUCGUGCUGCUCUGCUGUGAUUGGCAAGGCCCAAUGGAAGCUUCCCCAGGUCAACUUGGCGGAGCUCGACCUGGACAACACCAUGAUCGACGAGACCACUGGGUGGAAUUCUCAGUGCGCUGCGGACUUGUACGCGCUGGAGUACUUCGGGAGGGUCUUGGCGCAAGACGCCGACGAUAGACUGCCCAGAGACCUUCGCAUCGAGGGCGUUGCACUCCGAUCCCGUGUGUCGAAGUUGAGCGCUCGCCUCCGUUGCCUCACUCGCGUGUCGGGUGGAUCGUCCAGCAUGGCUAAGAUCGCCUGGGAGAUGAUUCCUGACAUCGGGACGGGGGACUCCUGCAGGCGUCUUGAUACUGAGGUCGUCGACGAGGAUACAGACAGCCAGCAAGCUGUUGAGUGCACCUUCGGCCUGCUCCAGGAGAUCGCGGGGUCAGAAUCGGUGAAGACGUUCGCCAAUUUCCUCAACGGCAUCGGCGACGAGAACGACAGCGAGAUCGAGCAGCUGAUCAAUUUGAGGGACGACUUGGUGAAGAACCUCUUCAGUGGCCUAUCUUUGAUCACGUUGUACUCUGGCGGACUCCAGCAACUGGCGAGCACUAUCUACUGCGAUGGCAUUGGCAAUGGAGGCGCAAGCAAGGAAGCCUUAGAACAAAUGGACUCUGAUGCCGAUAUCUUCCGUGUACUUGCAUCUGUGGCGUCUACUUUGAUGAUGUUCGAGCUCUCUUCUGUCUACAGGGCCAUUGUGAAAGAAACCAAUGAUCGAUGCCUCCUCGCCGUGAAGGUGACCGAGACCAAGGUGAUGUCUGCGAAGAAGUGUGACGAGUCGAUUCUGACCCACUGGUCGGAGAUCUGGGAGGCAGAGGCGUCCAUCAAGAGCGCGACGAGGGUGACCGACGACAAACAGAUAUCUUCUUUCCAGUUGAUAUGCGAUGUUCUUUCAGCUCUCUCGGCGGAGAACUUGAUCAUUUCAGUUGUGAAGGCGAUUGUUGGCUCACCUGGGUGCCAGCUUGUCACCCAGAACUUCAUUGCAGUAGUCAGCGAGCUCGUCGGUUGUUUACCUGCUCAAGUGAAGGUGCUGGUCGACUCGGCUAAGGCAUUCAAAACCAUCAGGCAGAGUGCAGAACAGCUGGUUGCGGGAAAGAGCAUCGGUUGCAUGCAGAGCACCGCGGCGUUGACCCUCAUCCAAUCGUUGGUCGAGCCAGUUUCUACCAUGGCCGAGAUCCCUGGCUGGAAGAGGGCGUUGAAGGAGGAGUGGGCCACCGCGUUCCAGGGCGUCGCGGGGCAGCUCGAUAUCAUCCAGGUAGAGGGCUUCAUCAAGAAGUACAGGGACGAGGAGAAGGUGAUUGGCCUCGUCGACGCGUGGAGCUUCGAUGCAAACAUGUGGCUGGCAUCCAGCACCAGAGACGACAAGCGCACUGCAGAGUUCAAGCUGACCGAGUCCUACAUCAUCGGCCUCCCCCCAGCAGCUCGCGUUAUCGAGGAGCUGUCGAAGGUGGUGGGGUCCCUGCAGUGGAUCUCGGACGUGGAGAGCGCGUUGCUUCGCGCCCUGAUCGAGAAGCUUCCUGAGAUCAAGAUCUUGGUUCGCGAAGCAGCAGUGCUGAUGGCAACGAUGAUGUUGGCGAACAGCUUACUGACCAAAAAAGCCGUGCCCACUACAAAGAAGUACGCCGCCGACAAGCUAUCGGUCAGGGUUGCCGACUUGCCGAACUCGUUGCAAGUGAAGCUCAACGACUUCGAAGCUGGCCUCGAGGAGGAGAACGGUGGCCCUCACGCUCACGCGGGCCCAGACAGUACCACGGGCUCGCCAACGGUCGAAUCCAAGUCGACCGAGGUGGCAUCAGCAGACAAGAGCUCGAAACCGUCGAAGCCACUUUUGAAGCUCAAGAUUGCGCCAGUCAGCGCGAAGUAGUUUUCCACCGCAGUUAGUUCGUAU